GAGCGCAAUUGCGAGCAGAAUAUAAAAGAGAGCAGACCUUGAUACUUACCCCUUGUCUUUAUCGUCUUUUGCAUCGGCUUGCUUCACCAGAAUGUCUCAACCAACUACAAAGCUUUACACUGGAGCAGAAAUCCCGUUGAUUGCCUUUGGCACGUACGGAGGUGGUGACGACGCUGCCACAUUGGCAGGGGCCACGCGGGCCGCUCUUGACGCUGGCUACCGGCAUUUCGAUCUUGCAGAAGUUUACGGAAACCAGGCCGAGCUCGGCCAAGUAUUUUCCAAAGCCAUAGUCGAUGGUGUUGUGAAGCGAUCCGACUUAUUCAUUACAUCAAAGGUGUGGAAUACCAAGCACGACCCCAAGCAUGUGGAGGAGAGCUGCAAGAAAACCUUGAAGGACUUGCAAUUGGAUUAUCUGGAUCUGCUGCUAGUCCAUUGGCCAUUGUCAUGGAAGUAUACUGGAGAGGAUUUAAGGGUGGAAGGAAGUAGCUUCCCUCGGGAUCAGGAUGGCAACGUAAUCACUGCGCCCGUGCCUUUGCACAAGACCUGGGCUGCAUUUGAGAAUCUCGUUGAUGCAGGGCUUGUGAAGCAUAUUGGAGUAUCCAACUUCCCCAGCGUGCUCAUUCUGGAUCUUCUCACUUACGCUCGCAUCCGACCAGCCGUCAACCAAGUUGAGCGACAUCCUUACUUGGCGCAGAACUCACUGUUGCAGUUUGUGAAAGACAACGGCAUUCAUCUUUCAGCCUACACUCCCCUGGGACGUCCCGGGAAAAUCGACAAUGUUCACAAAGAAAUCAUUAAAGAACCAGUUGUCGAAGCUAUUGCAAAAGAGCUAAAGGAACAGUCGGGAUUGGACGUUAAUACUGGCCAUGUUCUGCUGCGCUGGCACAUUGAACGUGACGUCAGUGUCCUACCGAAAUCUAGUAACCCGCACAGAAUCAAGUCGAACCUCCACAUCACGUCCCAGAUCCGGUUGACUGAGGAGCAACUGAAGAGGAUUGAUAACUUGGAUUCUGGGCUGAGAUACAAUGACUUGGAUUUAAAGACGGGAACUGUGCGGCCAGGUGGAAGGACAAUUUAUGAGAUUUAGUGUCGAGGGUAGGAAUAAUCAGUAGAUCUACGAUGUAUUAUCCUUGUUACGAACAUUGAAAAUAACAUUCAUGUCAAAACUGCA